AUGUCUAAGUCAGAGUCUCCCAAAGAGCUUGAACAGCCACGGAAGCUUUUCAUCGGAGGUUUGAGCUUUGAAACAAGCGAUGAGAGUCUGAGGGGCCACCGUGAGCAGAGGGGAAUGCUCAUGGACUGUGUGGUAAUGAGAGGUCGAAACACCAAGGACGCCAGAAGCUUUGGGCUUGUGACGUUUGCCACCGUGGAGGGGGUGGAUGCAGCCGUGAAUGCAGGGCCACACAAGGUGGAUGGAAGCGUUGUGGAACCAAAGAGGGGUCUCAGAGAAGAUUCUCAAAGACCUGGUGCCCACUUAACUGUGAAAAAGAUUUGUGUCGGUGGCCUUAAAGAAGACACUGAAGAAUAUCAUCUAAGAGAUUACUUUGAACAGUAUGGGAAGAUGGAAGUGACUGAAAUCAUGACGGACCAAGGCAGUGGCCAAAAGAGAGGCUGCUUUGUAACAUUUGAUGACCAUGACUCCGUAGACAAGAUUGUCAUUCAGAAAUACCAUGCUCUCAGUGGCCACAACUGUGAAGCUAGGAGAGCUCUAUCUAAGCAAGAGACGACAGGUGCUUCACCCAACCAAGGAGGGCGAAGUGGUUCUGGAAACUCCGGUGGUGGUCGUGGAAGUGGUUUUGGUGUGAAUGAGAACUUUGGUCACGGAGGAAACUUCAGUGGGCGAGGUGGCUCUGGUGGCCGUCGAGGUGGUGGUCGAAAUGGUGGCAGUGGGGAAGGCUAUCCUGGAUUUGGUAACGAUGGAGACAGUUUUGCAGGCGGUGGACACUAUAAUGAUUUUGGCAAUUACAACAAUCAAUCUUCAAAUAUUGGACCCAUGAAAGGAGGAAAGUUUGGAGACAGAAGCUCUGGCCCCUAUGGCGGUCGAGGCCAGUACUUUGCCAAACCACGAAACCAAGGUGGCUAA